ACGAGUUGGCAGCCCUGCCAUUGUAUAUGCGUAAUUAACGCUAAUUAGGCAGAGAAAACAAUUUAGUUUCAUUUGAGCAGCAAUAAAGUGCGGGUGCACACGUCACUGGGAAUUUGCAUAAUACCGAUUGUAACCCAUACAGGCAACAACUAUCAAUAGACAAAGGGUACUAGUGCGAGUACAGUAAACAAAAACAAAAAAGCAGCGAGAUAAGCGAAGACAAAGCAGAAGAGUUCAACUCGCUCGUUCGCAUAAAUUCAUUUGCAAAAGCAGCAAAAAACAAAAAACAAGUGCAGCAGGAAAUCAGAAGGCCGAUUAAUCAUACAGUUUUGAAUACGCCCAUUCUGCGGAACAUAGUUCCAAUCACUGGUCAGUACGGAUUGAGCCAGCAGAGAUGGCGCGCGAGGACGAGGAACGUAUCGUGGACAACGAAGAGGUGUCGCAUCCGACCGAUGUGGACGAGGUGGCCGGCGGCCGGCAGGACAAUGAGUUGAGCCUGCCCUCCGGUGGCUGCUGCAAUCCUGCCAGCAGGGGUCACCGGUUCUUGGCACUAGUGUUCAUGUGCUUGCUCGGAUUUGGAUCUUACUUCUGCUACGAUAACCCCGGAGCCCUGCAGAACGUUUUCAAGCGGGAUCUGAACCUGACUUCCACCCAGUUCACGCUCAUCUACUCCAUUUACUCGUGGCCCAAUGUCGUCCUGUGCUUCGUGGGCGGUUUCCUGAUCGACCGGCUGUUCGGCAUUCGACUCGGCACCAUUAUCUACAUGCUGGUCCUGCUUGUUGGCCAGCUAAUCUUCGCCUGCGGCGGCAUUUUGGACGCUUUCUGGAUGAUGAUCCUCGGACGGUUCAUCUUCGGCAUUGGUGCGGAAUCGCUGGCCGUGGCUCAGAAUAGCUAUGCUGUGCUUUGGUUCAAGGGAAAGGAACUGAACAUGGUCUUCGGCCUGCAGCUAUCGGUGGCCCGUUUUGGCAGCACCGUCAACUUCUGGGUGAUGCAGCCCAUCUACGACUAUGUCAGCAACUUCUACAAGGGACACCGUGCUCUGGGCGUUGUGCUGCUGCUGGCCACCUGCACCUGUGUGAUGUCCAUGAUCUGCGCCCUCAUCCUCGGCUGGAUGGACAAGCGGGCCGAACGGAUUCUGCAGCGAAACACUAACCCGGCCGGACAGAUUCCCAAGCUAACGGACGUCUUUACGUUCAAACCGCCCUUCUGGUUGGUGUCCAUCAUUUGCGUGGCCUACUACGUGGCCAUCUUUCCAUUCAUUGCCCUCGGACAGAACUUCUUCGUCGAUCGCUUCGGUUAUACGCCGGCGCAGGCCAACACCGUGGACUCGCUGGUCUACCUAAUUGCUGCCGCAUCGUCGCCUUUCUUCGGAUUGAUUAUCGACAAAGUAGGCAAAAACGUGACCUGGGUGUUCACUGCGACACUGACUACUAUUGGAGCCCAUGCCCUGCUCACGUUCACCCAGCUGACGCCCUAUGUGGGAAUGUCCAUCAUGGGACUCUCGUACUCUAUGCUGGCGGCCAGUUUGUGGCCGCUAGUGGCGCUCAUCAUUCCGGAAUAUCAGCUGGGCACGGCCUACGGCUUUUGCCAGUCGAUACAGAAUCUCGGUCUGGCCGUCAUUACCAUCCUCGCUGGUAUCAUUGUGGAUCACAGCGGCGGAGAGCACAUGUGGCUGCAGCUGUUCUUCAUGGGAUGGCUGACCAUUGCCUUAAUCGCCACCGGAGUCAUCUGGGCCUACAACAACAAGCACCGCGGUAAUCUCAACAUGACGCCAGCGCAGCGGGCACAGUUCGUCAGCGCCGAACUUUAUCAGCACUUUGAAUAGAAGGGAUACAAAGGCGAAUGGCACCCGCAGAUCGCAUUAUUAUCGUUUAUUUAGAGUAGACAUAAACUUUCCUCUGCGGGCAAUGCGCCAAGAUCUUAUUCCACGAUGUGAUGAUGAUGUGUGAUGUGCACCUCGAGUCGCAAAUUGGUAUUUACUAACUGCAAUUGUUUGUCAACAGAGGACGGGGAAUAUACAAUGCGCCCUGAUCAGCCGUGAAUCAGUAUUGAUGUGUCAAACGCGCUAACUGCGAUUCGAGCCCGAUCAGGCCGGUUUAAAUGCUAUUUUACGCUAUAUAUUUUUAGAGCAAUUUAUUAUUAAAGUUACCGCAUGUUUUUAUGUCAACGUUUUACAAAUUAAACUAAACAUUCAAUCCUAAA